AAAGCUCUUUUUUAUUAUUUUUUUAUAUAAUGCCAAUCUCACCGGAAGUCAAAACGCAAACGUCAUGGGCAAAAUAACUGUCAAGCGUGGGACCUUUUAUCGAACGCGCCAAACUUGACACAUUUUAAUUUCAUAGAAUAUUCUAGUAUAUAUAUGACCUGACAUACCGUAAUGCUGACUAAUUAGCUGUCUUUUUCUAUCUUGCCGAAUCUCCGUUAAAAUGUUCUUCUCUCUUGCAUGCAUUGUUUGUCUAUAUCGUACGCCUAUGUUUUAAUCAUUCUUUCAUCUCAACAAAUAAUUCCCUACGCAUUGUCCACUAACAUAGAUAGCAGUGGUUACUAACCACAUUUGCUUGUCCACUUAUUCACUUCAGUAUUCAAAAUAAAGGAGAAACCUUUAUAAGGGUUUGAGAUUUGGACCUGAAACGAAAUCAAUCCAAGCUGAUACGUUACUUGUAAACUUAAUGAUUCAUUUAAGGAAAAGUUAUAAUAAUGCUGCUGUCAUUGACAUACCAGAUUUUAUCCUUAUACAGAUUACAGUUAUGAAAUUAUUAUAUUAAAUAUGAUUUAGCGUCACUGAACAGCGCCCUAUUUGCAAAUGAGCUUUAAUAACUAAGAUUGGCGUGCUCAAACUAUCGAUAUAAUGAAGUUUUGUUUCUUAAUUCUUUACAUUUUUGUCUAUUUCAUUAAGUGUAUAGUUUGCCAAUCGGAGUGCUCUAAAUUUGAAACGUGUGGAGGUUGUAUAAGUUACGCAUAUGAAGCUUGCGUAUGGUGUCCAGCAAAAGAACAUUCAAACCGGAGAUGCCAGUCGUCAGUGUACCAUAACCUGCACAGCGGAUGGUGUAAUGAACCUGUAUACAACCCUGAUAAUACAAUGACAAUAAUAAAAGACGAAGAUUUUAGUGCAGGACUAGAAGGGGCAAAAGUAGUUCAAUUCAAACCACAAAAAGUUUACAUAAAAUCACGCCCAGGAUUCGACGUCAAAAUUGAUAUGUCUUACAAACCAGCAAAAGAUUAUCCAUUGAAUAUAUAUUUCCUUUUGGAUUCUUCUUAUACUAUGAAGGAGAAUCACGGUGUACUUUUAAGACAAGUGCAAAAAAUAUACAAGAAACUUAUAAACUUGACGAAUAAUGUGCGAUUUGGUCUUGGAAAUUUUUUGGAGAAACCAGCUUUACCAUUUGCAGACCCAAAACUAGGGCAAAAUGUUUAUGCAUUUGAACAUCGACUCUCAAUGACAAAUGACAUGGCCCAUUUUCAAAAAACUUUAAAUGCAACAAAAUUUUCUGCCAAUUAUGAUGUACCAGAAGCCGGUCUAGAUGCACUAAUGCAAGUGAUGGUGUGCAAAGAUAAAAUAGAUUGGGACGAUAAUGCCAGACGUAUUGUAAUAUUAUUUACUGAUGGUACGUACCACAGCGCUGGAGAUGGAAAACUUAUUGGUAUUUCUGAACGAAAUGACAUGCAGUGUCAUCUUGAAAAUAACACCUAUUCGAAAUCACUUAACUAUGACUACCCGUCACUAAGUUUAAUAAACAAAGUAGCUUCUGAAAAGAAUAUGAAAAUAAUUUUUGCGAUUGAUAAAAACGAAAAGUUGACUUAUAAAAGUUUAGCUAAAAGAAUAAAAGGAGCAAAAUAUGUUAAUCUGAAAUCUAAUAUUGUCAACAUAAUCAAAAGAGAAUACCUGAGUCUCCUUAGGGAUCUUAAAAUUCACGGUAACGUACCGCCCUUUAUUCAGUUAUUACUAGAACCGGACUGUACCAAGGAAAAGAGUUGUGAAGUAAAACAUGAAACAGCAGUAAAUAUAUCAGGAUCAAUAAAAAUACAAUCGUGCCCAGCAAAAGAUCAAAAAAAAUAUUUUAUGACGAUCGGUCCCGAUAUGCUUAGCGAAAAAAUGGAAGUAGAAAUUGAUGUGGAUUGUCAGUGUGACUGUGAAAAAGAUGGAAACAAUGAAAAAAACUCAAUUGAAUGUAGUGGAGCCGGAACCUAUAAGUGUGGCGUGUGUGCAUGUGACAUGAACAGAUUUGGAAGUAAAUGCCAAUGUGUUGGAGUAUCUUCUGAUUUAGAAAAUAUGGAUAAAUGCAAAGCAAAUUUACACGAUACAAGCUACUGCAGUGGUCGAGGAACUUGCAGAUGUGGAAAAUGUGAUGACUGUGAAAAGGGUUUCUCCGGAGACUUUUGCCAAUUCGACGACAAUGCAUGCCCCAGACCAGGUGGCGCUUUAUGUUCUGGCAAUGGCGUAUGUGAAUUUGGAAGAUGUACAUGCAAUCAGCAAUGGAAGGGUGAUGACUGCAGAUGUCCAGAUAAUGACAAAGCAUGCAUCGCACCAAUUUCUUCAGAGGUAUGUUCCGGUAAAGGCGAGUGUAUAUGUGGCCAGUGUGUUUGCAAAAAUUCAAAUGAAACGAAAAAGAAAUGUUCGGGAAGAUUUUGUGACGAUUGUGAUGAUAUGGUGGAGAAAAGAUGUGCAGAACUUGAAACUUUUGCGUACUGUAAUUACGUAUACACAAAAACAGAAUGUGAAAAACUAUAUAAUCAUACAGAUACUGGUGUCAGGCUUGAAAAUGAAACAGAAAUUGCUGAAACUGCCAAAAUCCAUAAAGUGAAAUGGUGUAAAAAACUUUUGGAUAAUGGAAACAGUUUAAUAUUCUUAUACUACUAUCCAAAGUCUACAGAGAUAUCUUCCUUAGAAGUAGUAGUUCAAAAAGAAUUAGAAGAAAAGCCAGAGGUUGAUCUUUGGGUUGCUGUUGGGUGUGCGAUCGGUAUAGUAUUAAUAGGCAUAUUAACAGUAAUUGCCUGGAAGUAUCUGAUUGACCUGCAUGAUGCAAGAGAGUAUAAAAAAUUCGAGCAAAAGUCUGCUGCUGAGGGUUAUGAAGUUGUAUGGAAUCCUCACUACAAUUCACCAUUUACGAACAUCACCAACCCGGCUUAUCCAGUCGACACGGUAGAUACCGAUUGCUCUAGACAGGAUGGCCAUCAAUAAAGACGAGUAAAACAACAUUUUGAAUAUUUAUUGAACUGAAAUUUACAAUGUAAUACGAACAUAAUUUAUAUAAAUAAUACAAAAUAUAAAAAAUAAAAACAA